AAUUAAUAAUAAUAAAAAAUAAAAUCGAAGGAAAAGAAAAAGAAAAGGAAAGUAUCAAAAUGAGAGAGACCAUCGUUAUCAUCAAUCAAUCUAUAAUCUCUUCUCUAUAGCCCAAAUUACCCAAAUACAGAGAGGAGAAGAGAUGAGAAGCUCACACAUACACACUCACACUCAUCCCAUAUUAUAUACAUACAUAAAUACCAUUGUCCAAUCCAUUGGCAUUAGACAAAGACAUAAACAAACCUGAGCUUAAGAUCCUUGGAUACCUUAUAUAUUCAUCUUCAACAACCGCCAAAUCUCUGAUUUACUUCUUCUAAUUCUAAUACACACAGAGCGAGAGAAUAUUCCCCUUCCCCCAAAUAACUUUCUCUCUCUAUAAACAACCCCAAGACAAGCACAAAAUUACUCCUUUUUCUCUUUCUCUCUCUCUCCUACUAGAGCUCAACGUUCUCUUGGUUGGAAUGGAAGCUAAGUUUCUCUGAUAUACAUACAGAGUGUGAAGGGAAAAAGCCUUAACAGAAAUACCCAGAAAGCUUUUCUUAAAGACUCAGCAAAAUCCAUACCUUUGGGGUUAUUUAAUCUGGGUGUUUUUCUUUUUGAGCUUGGAAGCAAUGUGGUUCGAAUUGGAGAUUUCAUAGGCUCUUUUUGUGAAUGAUAUUUUUUUUUUGGGUUUUUGGAUCUUAGAAGACAAUGGCGCUGUUCAGGAAGUUCUUUUAUCGUAAGCCACCAGAUGGGCUUCUGGAGAUCUCUGAAAGGGUUUACGUUUUUGAUUGCUGCUUUACCACCGAUGUUUGGGAAGGAGAUGACUAUAAAGUCUACAUAGGAGGUAUAGUGGGUCAACUUCGUGAUCACUUCCCUGAUGCUUCAUUUAUGGUCUUCAACUUUCGAGAGGGAGAGAGCCAAAGCCAAAUUGCUAGUAUAUUGUCAGAAUAUGAUAUGACGGUAAUGGACUAUCCUCGACACUAUGAGGGUUGCCCUUUGCUCACUAUGGAAAUGGUUCACCAUUUCUUGAGAUCUAGUGAGAGUUGGCUUUCACUUGGCCAUCAAAAUUUGCUCUUGAUGCAUUGUGAGCGAGGUGGAUGGCCUGUUUUGGCAUUCAUGCUAGCUGCCCUGUUGAUUUAUCGGAAACAAUUCAAUGGGGAACAAAAGAUGUUGGACAUGAUUUACAAACAAGCGCCCCGAGAACUUCUUCAAUUGAUGUCCCCGUUAAACCCAAUGCCGUCGCAGUUGAGAUAUCUACAAUAUGUCUCAAGGAGAAAUGUUGGCUCAGAAUGGCCUCCCUUGGAUAGAGCCCUUACAUUGGACUGUAUCAUUCUGAGAUUGAUUCCAAAUAUGGAUGGAGAGGGAGGUUGUCGUCCUAUAUUUAGGAUAUACGGACAAGAUCCUUUCAUGGCUGCUGAUCGGACUCCAAAAGUUUUGUUCUCAACUCCAAAGAAGAGCAAGUUGGUUAGGCACUACAAGCAGGCAGAAUGUGAAUUAGCCAAAAUUGAUAUCCAUUGUCAUGUCCAAGGUGAUGUUGUUCUUGAGUGUAUCACUUUGGAGAAUGAUUUGAAACGAGAAGAAAUGAUGUUUAGAGUCAUGUUCAAUACCGCCUUUAUAAGAUCAAACAUUUUGAUGCUCAACCGUGAUGAAAUUGACAUUUUAUGGAAUGCUAAAGACCACUUUCCCAAGGACUUUAGAGCAGAGGUUCUUUUUUCAGAGAUGGAUACGAUCAUUUCUUUAAUGCCUGUUGAUUUGCCUGGCAUUGAGGAUAAAGAAGGUCUUCCUAUUGAAGCCUUUGCAAAAGUUCACGAGAUCUUUAGCCACGUGGAUUGGCUAGAUCCAAAAACAGAUGUAGCACUAAACACACUCCAACAAAUCUCGACGUCAAAUGCCCUACAUGGAAAGAUGGACAGUGUAUCUGUUCAAAAUGCUGAAAUAGGGAAUGAGUUUCGAGAAUCAACUCCUGAUCAAGUUAAAGUUGUAUCAAAGGCAUCGGAAAGCAACAUUCACAACCUCAAUUCCACGAGUCAAGUAAAGCAAUCCAUGGCCUUGUUUGAACCAUCCAUAGAUGAUAAUCUUAUCAGAAAAAAAAUGGAAAGCCAAGAAUUGCGAAAUUCUAAUUCAGUUGGGAAGAAGAGUGAGAUGAAGAACAGUAAUGUAACUAAAAGCCAGACGGGUAUGCAAGACUUACAGAUUGGUCUCCAACGGCCAUCCCAGCCUAAGAUUAUAUCUCAAAGAGUACAUCAAACUUCUUUGUCUUCUCCAGUUUCAUCACCAUUACCUAUAUCGAGAUAUCAAAGUGCACCCUCUGCUCUUGGAAUUACAGCUCUACUGCAUGACCAUGCAGCAUCUAUUAAGGAAGAAGAAAUUGCACAUCCAGUGACUUUAGCACCUAGUAAUGUAUCUGUAUCAAAACCUCAACCUCUGUUAUCUAUACAAUCUCUUCCAAGCACAAAAGUCACUUAUCCUGAAAUCACAUUGUUGAAUACUUCUUCGCCAGCUUCAAUUCCUCGUCCCUCACAUCCACCUACUUUAUUGGAGGCAUCCCCGUCUUCCCUUGUCAAGAACUUAACUUCCCCUCCCCCUCCCCCUCCCCCUCCCCCGCCACCUUCUUCUUUCAGGGAAUCCCUAUCUGUUGCUAAGGAUUCCAUUCGCACUCCUCCUCCUCCUACACCACCUCCUUUUCCAGGAACAUCGCCAUUAUCAAAUCUUAAGAACUCAUUUUCUGCCCCAACCCCACCUCCGCCACCUCCUCCUCCAAUACUAUCGCCAUCAGUCGCUAGUAAGACUUGUUUUUCUACUCCUCCACCUCCACCUCCACCUCCUGCUUCCGUAUCUUGUUCAAAUUCUUCCUUGCUUUCUUUGAAGAGCACAUCAAUCAAAUCGGGGCCCCCACCUCCACCUCCACCUCCUAAGCCUCACGGGACGAACACAAGUUCCAAGACUUCUCCAGCACCUCCACCUCCCCCACCUUUAACUUCUGCUUCAAGGGAUUCUGUGGGUAAAAAGCCUGCAAACACUCCAGCUGUACCGCCUCCCCCAGCUCCUCUUAUCAAUGGUUUAUCAAAACCUGGUAUUGCCUCUCCACAAUCGCAUUCUGCUGUUAGUAAUGGUAAUGUGCCUUCGAUUCCUGGACCUCCUUCCAGUACUCUAUUGAGUGGAAAAGGACGUGGCCUCUCACGUCCAAGUCCUAGAAGUCAAGCUCAACCUAAAAAGACUAAUCUGAAGCCGUAUCAUUGGUUAAAAUUAACAAGGGCCAUGCAAGGAAGUCUAUGGGCCGAGACACAGAAAACUGACGAAGAUUCCAAGGCUCCAGAAUUUGACAUGUCAGAACUAGAGAGUCUUUUCUCUGCAGCUGUGCCUAAUUCAGAUCAGGGAAGCCCAGGUGGGAAAUCAAAUCGACGGACAUCAGGACCAAAGACUGAGAAAGUCCAACUGAUUGAACUAAGACGGGCAUAUAAUUGUGAAAUCAUGCUUUCGAAAGUGAAAGUACCUCUGCCUGAUUUGAUGAGUUCAUUACUCGCCUUGGAUGAGUCAGCAUUAGAUGGGGAUCAGAUUGAUAACCUCAUAAAGUUCUGUCCAACAAAAGAAGAGAUGGACUUGCUUAAGAAUUAUAAUGGAGCUAAGGAAAACUUGGGGAAAUGUGAACAGUUCUUUUUAGAAUUGAUGAAAGUGCCUCGGGUAGAGGCGAAGCUAAGGGUUUUCUCUUUUAAAAUACAAUUUAGUUCCCAGGUAUCCGACCUUAGAAGUGAUUUGAAUAUUGUCAAUUCUGUGGCAGAAGAGAUCAGAAAUUCUGUUAAGUUGAAAAGGAUCAUGCAGACCAUUCUUUCGCUUGGUAAUGCCUUAAACCAUGGAACUGCAAGAGGUUCUGCUAUUGGGUUUCGACUCGAUAGUCUGCUGAAGCUAACUGAUACACGUGCUCGGAACAACAAGAUGACUCUGAUGCAUUAUCUUUGUAAGGUUCUAGCUGAAAAGCUACCGGAUCUCCUUGAUUUCCCGAAAGACCUUGUUAGUUUGGAAAGUUCAACAAAGAUACAGUUGAAAUAUUUGGCAGAAGAAAUGCAAGCCAUUAGUAAAGGUUUGGAAAAGGUGGUACAAGAGUUGACCGCUUCUGAAAAUGACGGUCCUAUCUCAGCAAAUUUUUGCAAGUCUUUAAAGGAGUUCCUCAGUCAUGCCGAAGCUGAAGUGAGAUCGUUGGCUUCACUUUAUUCUGGUGUGGGACGAAAUGCAGAUGCAUUGGCUCUUUAUUUCGGGGAAGAUCCAGCUCGUUGCCCAUUUGAGCAAGUGGUAUCGACAAUGCUCAACUUUGUUCGGAUGUUCAUCCGAGCUCACAACGAGAACUGCAAGCAUCUUGAAUUCGAAAAGAGAAAGGCACAAAAGGAGGCUGAGAAUGAAAAGCUGAAGUUGGGUGCCUCGAAAAGGGAACCUCAACACCUGAUACAAUCUUCUCUCAAGAGUGGGAAUAUCAAAUAGAAAUAGCAACUGAGUUCUUAGAUUUAGAUUCUACACAGUUAAAAGUGACCGAAACCGUUCUCCAAUUGGUUAAUAUUUGGUCUAUGAAUGAAAACAUCUUCAAAUAUAAGCGAGAACAAACUUGAAAGUUCGAAAAAAUAAAAAUAGAAAAAAGGGUUUCUGGUGACUGAUGACAAUGUUAAUAUCAUGCAUCUAAUAAUUCUGGUCACAUACAGUAAGUAUCUUUUUUAUUGCAUUUUUUUUAAGCUUUCAAUUAAGGGUUAUCUUUUGUGUUGUUGAAUUAAACAUAACAUGGUAUAUUUGCUGUUUUUUAAGCUACAAUGCAGGAUUUUGUGGAAGCAUUGUUGGCCUAAUCAUAAGUGACUCACUCCUAAGAUAUCUUCAGUUGCUUAACUAGAUGUAAUCAUUUUUUUUUUCAUACCAGAAGUUUAUUGUUUUUUUAGUUCUUUUUGUUCCUAUUAUAUAUAUUUAUAUUUCUUAUGUAAUCUUGUAUAUAUCCAAGUAUAUGGGGAUGUAAAUGGCUAUUGUAGUUCAUUUUUUUUUUUGUAGUAGUUGAUUAUGGUGAAAUAGAUUGAAUAAAAACUAGCAAGUCAAUCAGAAACUUAGGACCUGUUUACUACCCAAUCAGUUUUCAAGACAUGAAUGAUUUGUUGAAGAAGAAGCAUUAUUGAUCA